AUGGGCGAGCUCUGUCAGCACGUGGUCGUCCAUGACUUCAACCAGACUUAUGUUCCCGAAGACCUGGUUAACAACAUAACAAAUAACUUGAUUGAGAUUGCCUACAAUGAAGAUGAAUGUCUUCGGGUCGGGGAAAUCAUUUUUGAGGAACUUUUCGAAGGGGAAGCAUCGGAUUUGAAUAUGACGGCGGAGAUGUGCAGCGUACUGGUGAGUGCCUUUGGCGCCAACGUGACGGAUAAUGUCUUCAUUGUCGAACAGGAUAUUAUUGACUACAUUUUUGGGCUUAGGGAAAUGUACAAUUAUUCGGCAGAGCCUCCAUCCAGGUCCUCUGACGAAAGUUUAGAAGAACUGGAAGGGUUUAGCUUGACUCUCGGAGCCAACACCACCGAUGAGUUACUGCUACGAUGGUAUUCAGUCUUCGACCCGUCCGAAAUGGGACCUUAUGCUGUAAUCGAGUACCUCCGGCCAGAUCUGCUGAUACAACUUUACGGCCGUAUGUACAAUGCACGGAACAGUCGAGAAGCAUUCAAGCUGCUGUGCGAUUCUCUGUCACCGGCUAUACGCGGCCCGGACUUGAAUGAAAUGUGCAAGGAGGCGUCUCAUCAGAGCUUCGAUCGGGUGAGGGAAGUGUGCAGUUACUGGGGUUAUUACGGGCUCGCAGAACUGUUUGACUGGGAUGCGUAUUGGGAGGUGUUUUAUCUCGACUGGUAUCUGGAAGAGUGGGACCGUAAUGAGAACGAAACUCGCUUUUGGUUCAUGGAGGAGAUCCGUUGGCCCAUCUUGGAAGAGUUUGAUCUAUACUGGAGUCCUUUCCCCAUUUGCCGGUUCUUUGGGGAAGAAAUUGUGAAAACUCCGAGUCAGGUCCAGGAUGAUGUAUACAGAGCACUUGAAAGAGUUGUACUCCGAUCUUUCAAUUCGUUAAUCGACGAGCCCUGCCGACGUAUCAAAGAAAACCGCUCCUCAGACUUUGUGGAAAAUUUUGGGGAUGAUCACCCGGAACCUCGGAGCAUCAAAGACUACGUGCUGGCUAUGUAUACGUAUAUGGGCGGGUUCAGUUCACCGCUGGCUUUUUGCACAAGCCUAUACGAUAUCACCGAGAAUCUUUGGGAAAUCCAACCCGACCAGGUACGGGGAUUACUCGACACCAUGAAAGCGAAUCUGGAGUUGGUUGCCACCGAUGAAGAAACCUGCGGAGAAUUCGUCACAGUUCUGACUGACCUGGAUGCGGAGUUUUCAAUCUCAGAUUGGACUGGUUUCACCGAUGCCGACACGUUCUGUGUCGCAUUGGUUGAUGCUGCCGAGGGCGACGGCCCGUCGGUCCAGUGGUCCAGCUUGGUGGACAUGGCUUUGAACAUCGAACCUGCCGGCUCCUCAUCAGAGCUGCCACCGGGAUUUCUGCUGGAAGAAGUCCCUGUCAAGAUCGUUCUGGCCUCCCUGGGAGUCAUAUGGAAUAGCGGCACCGUGAUCGAAGGGAUGGCCAUCGUUUGUAACAACAUGGUUCCCCUUUUGGCAGAGCUCACCGAUCUUUCGAAGGGUGAAAUCAACGAGAUGUGCGGCGCUCUCUCCGAUUCAGACAUCAAAAUUGUCCAGCGAAAGUGCGAAGCUGUCCUCACCCCUUACUUUUACGGCGAACAUUACCCAACAGCAGGCAUGGCCGAACUCGACGGCGAAGCUUUGCUCGAAGUCAUGAAAGACACCCUUGGUUGGGAAAGCUUUGAUCAGGAAGGCGUCUGUCCGGGCGUCGAAUCUCUCCUGAACGCUGACUUCGGCUUUGUCGAUUUAUUCGUCACCAUGAUGGAAGGGAUCCUUCCCUACAUCGGUACGGAGAGCGCGCUGCCGUUCUGUCACAAUAAGGAGCAGAUCAAGGCAUUCUGGCAAGGGACAGGUCCGUUCUACGAUGAGUCCAGAUCUGAUUACGACGAGCGGCUACGGGAAGCACCCAAACCAGACAUAGAAUAUGAUCUCCUGGACUCCAUCCUGGGAGUGGCCACGGGUAUGGGCAGUAUCGACAGCAUCUGCGAUGAUUUAAUGGAGGCCGAUGAAGACGGGGAGACAUCGGCGUUCUACAGCCGGGUCAUCGAUGGGGUGUUCGGCCUGGUCAACAACGUGGACCGUUGCACGGUGGCGGCUGAGACCAUGUUGAAUCUUCUCCUGCCGGAGUUAGAUAUCUCCAGCAGUUCUGAGAGUAGCUCGCUGGUGCCCUGGGCCGAUCCAAUCUACUGGGCAACCGGACUGAGAACGCCAAAGGCAGUUUGCACCAAGAUUGUACAGUCGUUCACCGGCCAGCAAGCAGAGAGAUGCCGUGGCAUCGUUGAUUGUGCUGGUAUCUGUAAUGGCAAUUCGAGAGAGGACUGCGCCGGAGUGUGCAACGGUGGAGCCACCUAUGACUGCGCCGGCGCCUGCAACGGGGGCGCCUUCAUCAACAACUGCACCGAGUGCGUCGGCGGUCGGACGGGCCGAGCCGUCACCUUCGGUAUGGAUAAAUGCGGCCUUUGCCGCAAGGCGCCUGGCUACCGCAAGACUUGGGACUGUCACGGGGAGUGUGACGGCUCGGCCGAGGUUGAUCGCUGCGGUCAGUGUGUCGGUGGAACGACCGGGUUAAGCCUCGACACCAAUGCCGGCCGGUUGGACUGCCGGGAGGUUUGCGACGGUGGCUGGGUGGCAGACACCUGCAAUUACUGCGAGCCACCGGCCAAACAGGGCGUGGUGUACGACGGUGGCAGCAAGUACAAGGACUGUACCGGCGGCUGCAUCCGUCCCGGCGCACCGCGGGCUGAGGAGAACGACUGCGGUGUGUGCUGGGGUGGCAGUACGGGAGUGCUGGAGACUGAAGGGGUGAACGUUUGCGGACAGUGUGAGAGCAGUUCCGUUGCUGAUGUUAUGUCGUGUGCUGGAUGCGACGGCGUUCCUGCAAGUGGCGUUGAAUACGACGCGUGUGGAGUUUGCGGAGGUGACGGUACCGACUGUGUCGCCGUCGGGCUGGUGAUUCCCAACAUCGUUCCCAACGUCCAAACAAGGGUCCGCGUGGCCGGGGCAGGUUUCUCCGCUGGAGCCUUGUUGACUUGCCUCUUUACGCUGAACGGACAGACAACAGAGGGCGCUGCCACUCGCAUCGACACUACAAUUUUGUUGUGUGAUGUUCCUGCCUUGACACCCGGUGACUACGCUGUGGGAGUUCGUCGUAACAGUGAUCUGCCUUCAGAAAUCACUUCAACCCUCCGAGUCUUCCAAGAUGUUGAAGUUGUGGAAAUAUCGCCAACAACUUUUACUGUUAAUCGGUCCCUUGAGACUGUGGAAAUCACCGUUACUGUGGCAACUGGAGGCUUGGCCUCCUUGAGGGCCUAUUCAGAAGAGUGGAACGUUAUACCGACGCUCACAGUGCUUUUGGAUAAUGGUUUCUUGAGGUCGUUUGGCACCUUUGAGUCAGAUGAAACUAUGUCUUUCCUUCUCGGAAUGCCUUACAAUUCGGGCUACGGAGUGGUUGUUCCAUCGGUUAAUGGUGGGGCAACGGCUCUUGGUGAAUACAGCGUCAAUGGCUACGCAUACUUCCAGGCACCAACACUUGAGAGGAUCCAAUUUUCAGACACGGGGGCGAGCCUGCUAGUGACCUUUGACAUGCCGGUGGACUACGAGAAUCUGCGCUCGUGCAAGCAGAUCUUCACGUCCACCCAGUCGCUGGGGCAGGGCGCCCUCUGCCUGUGGCUCUAUCCGACUGCCAUGCUGAUCCUGAUUGGCAGAGGCAGCAACCUGGUGGAAAUUGGCUCCCCGUUGAUUGUCAAGCCUGAAGCCCUGAAGGCCUUCCGCCAAGACUUUUCCUAUGCCGUGGAGUCCAAGUCCUACUACGCCCAGCCUCCAAAUAAUCCUGUCCAGCCCGAGGCGGUAGUGACUGGUCCCCCCAAGCUGCCAAGCUGUGGGAACAUCCGGAUUGAUGCCCGGCGGUCUACGGGUAGCGGUGGGCGUGCCAUGUCUUACUACUGGGAGGUGGAGAGUACCGGGAGCACGACGUCCUUAGACAACGCUCUGAAUGACAUCAACACCAACAGUCCAUCUCCUUCACUUGCACUGGACGGUGACCUGAUGGACGCUGACACCGAUUACGUCUUCACUGUCAACGUCACCAACUUCCUGGGCGGCUGGGACGUGGCCUCACUGACUGUCCACCGCACGGGCAUCGCUGCCCCAGAGGUCAAGAUCCUGUCCAGUGGGGUGGACCUCACCUCAGUCCGUGUGUCCAACAGCUUUGAGCUGACUGCGCAAGUCAAGUUCUACUCAGAGUGUGUGCCACCAGGCGAGACCCUGUUUGAGUGGUCUGUCAAUAAUACCGACGUUGCCCUAAACCUCAAGACCCAGUACACCAGGUCUCUCAAUGUGCCAGCCUACUCCUUGCCAGCUGGUGAGGAUCUGACCUUCACUGUGCGCGUCUACAAGUCCAGCAACCCAUCGGCCUACGUGGAAGCCUCCAUUGGAGCCACCACAGUCUCCUCUCCCUUGGUGGCCGUCAUCCGCGGCCCCUCGGAGCUGACCAUUGGCAGGGACAGCGGAGAGGUGGUGCUGGAUGGGUCACUGUCCUACGACCCCGACGCGGAGGCACGAGAUUGGGAGUACGAGUGGCUGUGCGUGCAGACUGACGACAACAGUGCCUGCUGGUCCUACGAUCCCUCGAGCAUCGGUACCCUCAUCAACAACGGUUCCAACAUCGAUGGCGCUUAUCUCAGGUUUGAUGCCCUGAGCCUGCAAGCUGACAAGUCCUACACCUUCACCCUGGUGGCAUCCAAAGAGGCACGGUCAGCUACGGCGUCUGUCUACAUAUCUGCUGUCAACGGUAACCCGCCCAAGAUUGAGAUCCCGCCCAGGUCGGACAACGGCGAAGUGAAGGAUAACCGGCCGUUCUUCUUGAGUGCCAUCAUCAGACACUCCACAGAUCUGGCAAACGUUACGUGGGAAACUACAGACACUGAUUCAGGAUAUGGUUUCCUUGAUUUUGACGAGACUUCCAACUUGCUGGUGCCCGCCACUGUCUUCCCGAUGGGAAAUGGAGUGUCAGCAGCUCUUCUGGUGGUCAAAGACGGUGUGGUCAGCAGGGGUACGUCCUAUUCCAUCCGAAUUAACGCUACCACCAUCGAUGGACAGGUCAAUUCCGUCAAGACCUACAUCAGCGUGCUGUCCGGCCCGACAUCCUGUGACUUCGUCCUGCCGGACAACUACACUGAGUUUGAGGAGGUGACCUUCAGCAUUGAGAAUUGUGUGUCCACUGCCGAGCCUUUGCAGUACCAGCUUCACGUGGUCAAGGAGGACGGCAGCGUAGCGGCCUUCAAGGACACCACACCGGAGCCCACCUUCACCUCGGUGGGAGCCCCUCGAUUGUCUGGCUCCAACAUCCGUAACUACGUCAUGAAGGUAUGUGAUUCCAACGACAUCUGCUCUGUCUACGAAGGCAAUGUCACUGUCCUUGAGAAGGUGACCUUCACAGAAGCUGAGGUCACAGCCUAUAUCUCGGAUCAGGUCGACACUCCCAAAUUUGCCGGUGAUUUUUCGUUGGCCUUGACCAACCUGAACAUGGUGUCUGACCGGGGCCUGGUCAGCAGACGUAGGCGUCGGACGGCGGCUGAAGACUCCACGUCCACCACCACCACAGACCAGCUGGAAUUGAUCCAACUGACCAUCGACGAGACUGUCAUGACACCCAGCCGGGCACAGCUAUUGCUGGACCAGACCGAGUCUGUUGACCCGACCACCAUGGUGCUAGCCGACCAAAGUGACUUUGUGACCCAGCUGGAAACCAUCAUCGAUGUGUUCAUUGGGGCGGAUGAACCAAUCCCAUCAGCCAGUGCCACCACCGUAUCGGGAAAGCUAGAUGUCAUCAGUGAAGGGUUGGACCCGGUUUACCAUGAGAGUAUUCUGGCUCAGAUCAGCACUGUCAGGAGCAAGCUUGCUUCCUCUUUGGCCAGUGGCCUGUCGGUUGGCUCCCCGCGUAGUGAAAUCGAUGGAACGGAUGGUGUGUCCAGUGUCAUGAGAACCCUGCUGAGUGACCCCAUUGACUCCAAGACCUCUGGCACGCCCAUCUCCAUCAACUUUGGCUCUGAAGUUGCUGAACUUUUCAGCGCAUCGUGGAUAUGCAGCUCGGGUGAAUCCUGCUCAGGGGUGACCCUGAAGAUUCAGCACUACAACACCGGAGUGGAUCUCCUGUCCACGGAGGAUGACCACAUCAACUAUCGCGUGGCCGACAUUCUGGAUAUCGUUUUGACUGACCCCGAAUCAGAUGAGAAGUUGAACAUCAGUGGCCUGACUACGCCCAUCCUGCUAAACUUCACCAUCACAAACCCUCUGUCGGAGGUGGACAACGAGUGCGUGUAUUGGGACGGCACCACUUGGAGCACAGACGGCUUGGACACCACAGAAAACGGUGACGGGACCAUCACCUGCGCCACCGACCAUCUGACGACGUUCACCGUCAUGGGGGUACCCUGGCCUUCCGUCCCCACGACCGAGGCCGAUGAGAUUGUUACAGCAGUGCCUGAGAAUUUGUUUGGUCUCUCGACCGAACUCAUCAUCAUCAUUUCUGCCAGCGCUGCUUUCGGCCUGAUUCUCCUCACCAUCUUCACUGUCUUCCUCUGCAAGCAUUGCGGUAAGAGCAAGGCCAAGGUGUCUGCUCGGGAUGUGCCGGACAGCAUUCAGCCGCAAGUGCAGCCGCAAAUGCAGCCGCAAAUGCAGCCACAGCUCCAGCCGCAGCAAUUCCAGCUGCAACCUCAGCCACAACCUAUGGUGGCCCUGAUUGGCAUACCGGUCAUCCAAGGCCAGUACGGCAUGGGCUACAACCACACCUCCAUGGCUGCAGUGCCCCGGGAUGCCCCUCCUGUGUACGAUAUCCCUGACCAGGGCUACAGCACCCAGGUGGGUGGGGCUCAGCCCUACGGCAGUACCGUGGCAACGGCCCCGCCCAAGGUCACCCUGGUGGGGAACAACAACAACCUAGUCCAGGUGGGCAUGGCAUCGGACCCGCCCAGCAGCUACAGCGGGAAGGCGGCCCAGUCAGGGGAAAUGUCCAGCUACCUGACGGCCGUGACCAGCGGCCUGCCUGGGAUAGGUGGAACUGAGCACAUUGCCAUGAAGACUGUCUCUGGCAGCAAGGCGUCCCUGACUGGUCAUUUUUAAACAGACAAACACCCCCAAAACAUUCAAAGUUUUAUUUAGUAACAUGGAGCACAAUUAACAAGAGAGAGCAUACCUUCAGAUUUACCACUGAAACUUUACAUCAACAGAAACACUGCAAAGAUAAUGUGCAGUACGUCGAUACUUUGAUUUAAACUGGAAGAAAACACCACUAUGUGGAAAUUAUCCUUAAAGAAUCACCUAGAUCGUGGAAACAGGCAUUCAAAGCAGUACUGUGCAAUUUUAAUUGUAUUGGAUAUUCCAGUGUAGACAAAAUAUGGGUGGGCCAUUUCCAAAUACGAAAGGACUUCCUGAAAUCAAGUGUGUCUUGCAGUGUUGUUGGUGAGACCUUCACAAGACCAGGUACAAGGCUAGACACAAGACUUGUCACCAGUAGCUUGUUGUACAGUGCCAAAGGAAUGCUUUUCUUGCAGUCCAUUUGAAUAGCUUGUUACUUGAAUUCAGACCGGAGGUCUUGUGAAAGCCUUGCGUUGGUCUUGUGAUGGUCUUAAGGUGUCUCAACAUUGACCCGAAUAGCCCGAUGCAUGAUCAUGGUGGGUGUUAUGUGUAAGGCUUGGGUGCUUCUUUGGUGUGAAACAUUCUCAGAUCAUGGCAUUAUUUUUGCCAAAGAUUUUUAUAGUGUACAGAAUUGUUUGCUGCGUGGGAAAUUUGUACUUUACUUCAGAGGCGAGUUAAAACGAUCAAAAACACUGAGAUACAUUCAUUUUAGUUGGUGAAAUUUAUACAACAAAUAUAUUAUGAACUUUAAACUGAAAAUAGGAUAAUAAGAUGAUUGAUGUGCAUUAGGUAUAUUUGUAUUGGAAUUUAUAAAAGUAAAUUUAUUCAUGUAUUUGAAGUUAUAUUUGAAUUUAUUCACUUUGUGGUCAUAAUUAUGCCAAGGGAGUUUUACAGAUGUGUGAUGCUGCAGAUUUUGCAGCAUAUUUUGCUGGGGAUUUGACAACCAGAAAAUCGGGUUUUGUUGGUUCAGGUAAAAUGCCUUAACCACCUUACUUACAAAAGCUGGUAGCUAGUUACUGACAUUACAUAUUGCUGUUAUUUUGUUUCACCUCCACCUAAAACUAGAUCAAUUAAAAUGGAUGAAA